AUGAGUGAUAACGAACCAUACGUAUAUAUAAAACCUUUAGGAAAGGUUCCUGCCAUCGAAACAGUUGAAAAAAAACGCCACUACAAAAAAAAAGAGGAAGAAGGGGUAGGAGGAAAAAAUUAUGAAAGGGACAAGAGGGACGAGAGGGAUGAGAGGGAUGAGAGGGACAAGAGGGACGAGAGGAACGAGAGGAGCGAGAGGGACGAGGUGGAAGAGAGGGACGAGGUGAAAGAAAAUAGAGAAAAUGUCAAUUCCGAAAUCGUCGAAAUUGCCGAUGCCGAAAUUGCUAAAAUUACU